AUGGACACGAAGAUGGACGAAAGUGUCCGUAAGAGUUGGCAACUAGAACCUGAUCAAGUGGAGUAUAGAAAUCCGUUGUGGCAAACAGGACUGAAGAAGCUGACGCAUAUGAUCGCUACUCGUUUGGGCUACAAGGGUGUUCCAUUGAGCUGCGUCCUCUACAAGCUGCUGGUGUAUGGAGAAGGGGGUCACUUCCUGAAACACCAGGAUACGGAGAAGGAGGACGGAAUGAUUGCGACAUUGGUUGUCCAGCCACCAAGUACUCACGAAGGCGGAGAUCUGAUUGUGUAUCGAAACGGACAAGUGGAACACCGUCACGAUUUCGGCAAAGCUGACGGUACUGCGGCCUAUUUCCCACACUACGCCGUGCACUAUUCGGAUGCUGAACACGCUCUGGAGGAAGUGACGAAGGGUACCACCUCAGACGGGACCAAAACAUGA